CCUGCGCAGCGGGCGCUACACCCCAACCAAACAGUCAGCGGCUGGCGGUUCGGCCGUAAGAAAGUGUGUUGGCGAGCGCGGAGGAGCGCUGUCGGUUUGAGAGGGAAAGGAGAGGCCGACGGUUGCUUUGGUUGGUGGGUGGGUGGGGCCGCGCGCGCUAAUAAGCUGCCUGUAGCUUCGGGGCGCCCGGGACGAACAAAGGGCCGGGUCCGGAGCAGUGGGGCUGAGGGCUUCAUGGAAGUCCCGCUCCUUCCUCCGUUGCGGACGCUCGCCUGCCGUUGGGAAAGGUCUGUGGAGGCUACGUGCGUGGAAGGGCUCCGCCUCGGGACCCAGUCAGAAGCCUGAGGUUGACCGGCGGCUGCGAAGCCUCCGGGGCGAUCGAGAAAGCGACGUUCAACGGCCUCCCGCUCGGUGAUUGCAGCAACCUGGAGGAGGUGGCGGCGGCGGCGGCGGCCUCAUCGACGACCGUCGUUCUUCGAGCAGAACGGCGUCGCUAAAGCCUAGUGGCCCCCGUCCUUCCCUCCGUGUUCUUCUCCUGCUUCUCUCUCCCGCCGCCCGUUUUCCCCUUCCCAGAAAAAAACAAAGCUCUGUCCGAGGAGCUGUUGCCAUCGGCUGCGCUUCUUUGCCCCGGGCUUGACGGGACUGCGAUUCUGGGGAAGCCCCAAGAGAGGCGCCCAGGCAGGCCGGAGGUGGGGGGGGGAGCUCUUUUGGGCCACCCAAAGGGAAAGACUGCUUGGCCUUGGCUCCAAACGGCGGGAUACGAAUAUUUCUCCUCUCUGCCCGUGAAUAAACUGGCUGCAUAGCCUCAGGCGUAUCGCUUAGAUUAGAACAGCUCCGGGUUUAUUGGAUGUGAUUUGUUUCCUCUUUUUUUUUUUCUUUUUUUUUCUAACCGUGGCAAUUUUUUUUUUUUCUUCACUCUCCCACCAUUUUAAGUCUUUUCGAACAGUAUUGAAGUGGGGUGACUGGAUGGAGAGAUAUACGAGAUUACUUUUUGGCUUCUUUUGAUUGUGGAGCAGAUUGAUAUGACUAGGUGCCUGUAAUAAACACGAGCAUCUCGUCCAGAAGGAUUUUUAACAAUAAAAUAGCGAUUUUUUUUUAAGAGCUGAAAAUGAUUCUGAAGUGGAUUUUGCCUUACUGGAGCUACUUGUUCUCUGUGCCCAUUUUGGUCCUGUUUAACUGUUACCCUCUCCGAGCUAGUGCAGAUAAUACCAAUCUAAUAUAUUAUACAGCUCUCAUAAAUGUCACUGUGUUGAAUCCCGAUCGUUCAACAUCUGCUUCAAUAACACUUGAACGUGCACGCUAUGGACAAACUUCCCCCAAAAUAGGUGUCAAAGGCCUACUUCUGGCACCUUUGCCAAUCAAUGGAGUUCCAGAUCGUUUAGGAUGUGAUCCACGAACACGGUUUCAAGUUCCUCCAAAUACAAAGCAGUGGAUUGCUCUAUUACAGCGAGGAAAUUGUACAUUUAAACAAAAAAUUCUGCGAGCAGCUUCACAUAAUGCUUCAGCUGUGGUAAUUUACAACAAUGUAUCUGGCAAUGAGCCUGUUACCAUGACUCAUCAAGGAACUGGAGACAUUGUUACGGUCAUGAUCACUGAAAUGAAAGUUAAAGAAAUCUUGAAUUACUUAGAAAAAAAUAUGUCGGUCCUAAUUGCAAUAGCCGUGGGAACACGCCAUCCAAGCAAAAAUGUUAAUCGAAGUUCCCUUGUCUUUGUAUCCGUAUCAUUUAUAGUUUUGAUGAUAAUUUCUUCAGCAUGGCUAAUAUUUUAUUUCAUUCAGAAGAUCAGAUAUACCAGUGCACGUGAUCGAAACCAGCGUCGUCUUGGAGAUGCUGCCAAAAAAGCUGUUGGUAAACUAACAGCAAGAACUGUAAAGAAAGGUGAUAAGGAAACAGAUCCAGACUUUGAUCACUGCGCUGUUUGUAUUGAAAGCUAUAAGCAAAACGAUGUUGUACGCAUUCUACCAUGCAAGCAUGUUUUUCAUAAAACCUGUGUAGACCCAUGGCUAAGUGAGCACUGUACCUGUCCUAUGUGUAAACUGAAUAUUUUGAAGGCCUUGGGAAUUGUGACAAAUGUACCAUGUGCUGACAAUAUGGCCUUUGACAUGGAAAGACUAACCAGAGGCCAGCUAGGUAACAGGGGAUCAGUUCUUGGUGACCUUAACAGUGACAGCUCGCUCACACUUGAGCCCCUACGUACUUCUGGUGUAUCACAAUUUCCGCAGGAUGGAGAGCUGACUCCAAGGACAGGCGAGAUCAACAUUGCUGUAACUAGUGGCCAUUUUUUCCACCGUAAUUCUCUCUCCCCUCGGAGCCUCGUCUACGAGAAUGAUUUCUCUUCGAUCGAGCCUGUCUUGGACAUCUACGAUGAGAACAAGACCUGAAAGGGAAUCUGCAUUCUUCUUGCUUUGCUCUCUUUCCCUUUCCCUUUUCCGUUUCUCAUUCCUAUUGUUGUGUACUCCUUCCAUGGAUGUCCUUUGUCUGAAGAAGAGCUGCCUUUUUCCAGAACUUGUGCCUGGCUGCCAGGCUGCAAAGGUGAAGCUCAGCUGAGGCAAUAUCUGAGGAUGACGUCUCUGAACAGAUGAAGUAUGUGCACAAGGUCGGCUGUUGGAGGUUGCCGAGUUGACAAAUUGCCAUUAGCAGUGCCAACGUGAUGGUGUCAGUAUGCUAGAGAUUUUGCCCUACUCCGUUUUAAUUUUGUACAACAGUCCUGUCUCUUGAGUAGGCACGUGAUAGUUCUCUUAUUUUCCAAACCAAUAAAUUACCGUGUUUGCCAGCUUACUUGCCUGAUGCAGGAGCUGAUAGGCUAACUGCCCAAAGUACUCCAGUUACUUUUAAUUUUGUCCUUAAUCUCACAUUGAAUACUUCCAUUCCAAAGGGAUCUACAAUAUAUAUAUAUAUAUACAUAUAUAUUAGUAGUUGAUGUUGCGGUUUAACAAAACAAGAUAUCACAACAGCAGCAUAGCAACCUAUGACAUUUUCCUGGAUUUGGAGGAUUUUUUUUCACAUCCUAUUGUGGCUAAAUAUGGUCAGAUGUUGCUUGGUGAGAACGGAACAACAGACACAGAAAGUGACAUUUUUACAGCCUUUUACUGACUUUCAAAGAUUCCGUUGAGAUUUAUAAACCCAAUCUUUGAGCGCGACAUGAUUAAGACUUCUUAAGAAGAAUCCAGGAAUCAAAAAUAUAUAUUAUUGCUUGAUUUUUAAGAUACGUGUUCUUUUUUCACUCAGAUUUUUAAGAAGCCAACAAUAUUGGUGUUAUAUACUAAAAAAAAAAAAAUCUGGAAGCUUCCUUCCUACAUGUUUUUACUUGAGGUAACUGUAUUCGCAAAGCAACACUUUUCUGAAGCUAAUUCUGUUCCUGAGGAGAUCACUAUUAUGAAGCACGUGAGGAAGACAGGCAGCUGGGGCAUUAAAUGCUGGAGGAAAUCAGUUUUGAUUAGAAUGGUGAGACACGGUAAAAAAAAAAGUAUUCUGAUGCAAAAACGGACAGGUAAAAGGACAAAAACAAUCAUGUUUUUAAAGCAGCCAAAAUGCUGCUUCAGCAAAAAAACAAAAACCAGAUCUGAACUAUGUUAUGGGGUUCCUUAGUUAGUUUUUCCUGCUAAGGAAGCUCUGUAAAAUAAGUGACAAAUGUCAUUUUUCCCCAUUGCAAAUUUGAGCUCUAUAGAUAUAAAAAUGAUACAUUAUGUGAAAACAAGCUUGAUUCUAUAUGAAGCUUGAUUGAUGAAAAAAAAACCUGAAACUAAUUGAAAGGUAAGGUAUGUUAUGUGCGUGACUUGUCGCUUAGACAGCUGAAGCUGUAAAUGAAGAGACAUUAUUGGGGUUUUUUUCCUACAAGGGUUGGGCUUUGAAAAUAAUCACUUCUGCCCUGGAAUGUAGUCAUGCUGAAACUUCAAUGCAAAAAAUGUGAAAUUAGCUCUGGACUCUUUGCUAGGUGGAAUGCUUAGCCAGUGUUGUUAGGAGGGUCAUUCUAUAGAGCUGAUCAUUCUUGACUGGUUGAUAUAUAGAAUUUUAAGGAUUUAGCACUGGCAGUGUGGACGUAUAUGUACAUGUAUGUGCCAGAUAAGUUUCAAUAUACUCCAUUAGCCAUAAAAAAAAAAACAAACCCUCGCAACAAAAUUCUUUUAGAAGCACAGUUUUGACAUAUUAUGAAUUAAAAUUUAAAUGGUUAGGGUGGGGGUUAAUAGUAUUGAGGACAGGUGUAAGACCAUUGUGAUAUUACUUGAAUAGACAAGACAGAAAAACCCUGCAUUUUUUUUCUUUUCAGACUGCCAGUAUCCUGUAGUUAUAUUUAUCUAUCAAUAAGAGACAGUGUUAUCUUAUGUGAAGUGCUCUCUUUUGGAAAAGUGUGUAGUGCAUAGCUGCAGUUGUGAUAAUUCUAAAAAAAAUUCAGUACCUUUCAUAUUAAUUAUAAAUCUACAAUUAUUGAUUACCAACAUCAUUGGCAUACCUUAUGUUUUAAACAUAAUCUAGCUAAAUUUAUUUUUAACCCAAUGUUGACCAAGUGGAGACCUGACCUGAAUUAUUAUGAUACUGAGAACAUUAAAAUCUUUAAUAGUCAUUGAAACUUUAAUAAGAUUGGUGGGCUAAUUAAAAUGUCUCGUAUUGGAAUAGCUCCACACAGUUGACUCAUCCCUGAAAAUACAUAUAUAUCUUUGGAAACAAACACAUAUAAGGAACUUUAAGAAAAGAGGAAUCCAGAAUUUUUCCCAUUUCAAUUCCAUUAAACUCAACCAUUAAGGAGAUUUAGGUAUAACUAAUAUAUUUUUGAUUGGGACAAGGCAGAAUUUUUUAAAGAGGGGGAGGUCAUUUCACUAUAUGAAUUGUAAAUUCAAAAAAUGUGUUUUAACAGAUAUGGAAGUUUUCUAUAUCCCAUGUAGGAUAUAGGAUUUAACUUUUGUGCUGGAAUCAUUCUAUAUGGAUAAUUAGGGCAAUUAUGGUUUGGGCUACCAUCUAAUCUCCUGAUCCCCAGUUGUGUAUGUGUGCACUUUACUCCAUAAAUCGAACUUUUACCUGACGUAUACCGGAUAAUACCAAAACACAAUCUCAUCUCUAUUUUCAUUGGCAAUGGCAUGCUGGGAUCUUGGAGCAUAAGAGUCCUUAGAUCUUCUGAAACUGGAAAUACUAGGGACAGAAUUUUCAUGCAAAGACCUUUGCUUUACCACUAAACUCUAAUUCUGCCUGGUUUCUUUUGCAGAUAGGUAAGCUAUAACUAUGAGUUGUAGCUAGUUUUCCAAUCACUAAUACUUUGAUUGUUGCCCAAGUCAUUAAAAGCAGCAUUAUCUGGAACUGAAAGUUCUAAGAUUAAGACAUGAAAUCGUUAAUAAUUCUAGUUGCCUGUCAACUCAUUUUGGUCAAGAUUUAUAAUACAGAUGUUUUCAUAUCCUGAGAUUUGAUGUAUUUAUUUAUUUAUUAAAUUUAUUGGCCAUCUUAUCACAGGGUAACUCUGGUUGGCAUACAGUAUUAAAUUGAUAAAACUAUAUAAAUAAAAUGCUACAAUAACACAGAAAUGCAAAAUACAAUAUGUAGCCUUAGCUAAAAGAUGGUGUGGGAGAGAGUAGGAUGAAGGGGGGGGAUCUAUUAUAUGUGACACAUAAAGUGUUGUUUCCUGAAGGAAUUUUAUCACUGUAACAAAAAAGCUGUUAUGUGUUUUGUUUUACAGGCAGUGCAAUUACACUUGUCUAAUCAAGUGAACAAGAGUCCUUAGCCCAGCUUCAAAUUUUGGGAAAGCAUUUUAUGGACAUUUGGGCAUAACUACUUUUUACCCCUAGGUUAUGCUAUUAGAAAUUGAAGAAAGGGAUUCAAAAAGAUUGGUUAACUGUUAGACAUUAUGCUAUUGUGAUAACUAUGUGGACUCUUUCAGAAAAUAUUGCAGUAAAUGUAACACUUAGUUAUACUAAUAUAAUAGUCUGAAUUUCACAAUGUUCCCAAACUACACAAUUGGCAGCCCCAAGAAUACCCAUUGCCUGAGGCCUACUCCUCUGCUCUCCACCAUCCAUGUGCUUUCCCUGGCAAUGUUAACACCACCCCUCCUCCUCCAGCUGGACCGAUGGUGGGUUGCUCCCGGUUCUGUCCAGUUCUUGCGAACCGGUAGUAAAAGUGGUGGGAGGCUCCACCCACCCUCCUGGACAUCAUAAUGGACGAUCUGCGCAUGCGCAGAAGUGUGCACGCUUCCAUUGCGAACCAGUAGUAAAGGUAAGUAGAACCCACCCUUGAGCUGGACACUCAAUAGAUGUUGCUCAGAGGGCAUUCCCAAAAUGGAAUGCUUAUUCUGAAGGACCAUGCCUUUAGGCCCAAUGAUACCCAACCUGUGUCUCGUGAUUUUCCUGGACAUCUCUCUGACGGUCCUUUUCCAUUUUAUAUGGAUGGCCAAGAGGAAGGGUAUAUGCCUUUUCUUGUGGGUAUUUCAGGCCUUCCACAUAGCUUUUUUACAGUAUCAGAAAGGGACUUUUAGUAAGAAAGCUCAUUUCAUAUGUUAAUUUCCAGAAGGGUGAUUCAAAUCAUUGUAAUUUAAUAACCUGAAGAGAAUAUCAUCAAUCAGAAUAUCAUCAGCUUCUGAGGAAUGUAAAAAAGAAUAUUAACCGCACAUCCCAAAUAUUUAUAUAGAAUAAAAAUACAUUCUGCGUACUAGAUAUUUGAAACUGCAAUUCCCAUGACAUCUUCUUAUUUGCCCUGGUACUGAUGGACGUCAAAGCUGAACCAUCUGGAGGGGCAUCAAUCUGUCUAGCUUACUUUGCUGGAAUUCUCCAUGUGUCCCUCCUAAGUAUAUGGUAAAAAAUUGAAAUAAAGUAAGAUUACUACAUGAUUAAUUCAUAUUGAAUAAAUGCGAUAUAGCAUAGCCUUCAUAAAUUGCUCCUAAUUACAAUUUUCAAAAAUGUAGAGGAAUCAAUUUUUCUCUAUUCAGAAAUAGAUUGUUGGCCCCAAAAGCAAAGGAAAACAUUGUUCAGUAAACCAGUUGUUCCACAGCCAUGUUUUUUUAUAUAGUAAAAUGAAAGCUUAAAAGUUUCAAGCCAAGUGGCAUAGCAAACUAUGGCUAUAUCCACACUACAGAAUAUCUGCUUAUGUUAUUUUUAUUGUCAUGCUUUCCCCAAAAGUAUUCCAACAUACUGUACAGAAAAUGCUAAGGAUUUAAUUAGCAAUCUCUAUUGCUUUCCUAGUCAUCAACCUAGUUAGCUUUAUAUCAAAAAGAGAAUGGUGGUACAGUCUAACUUUAACAAAGAUGAUUCAUUAUAUAAUUCAGUGAAUGUUAAAAAUGUACAGUCUUCAUGCAUAUAUCUAGCCACCUGAACUGUUUUAAUUGAAAUCUUUACUAAAUUUCCAUGAGCUCAUUUUCAAUUAGUCACGUUACAAUGUGUUUCGUUUACGGAUUUUUCUAAUUAAACCUGCUACUUAAUUUUUCCUUGUCUCUCGAUACAUGUUCCAAUUUAUACUAUUCUCCCUUGCCUUGCAUACACCUGUAUUAAUACUGUUCCUCACAGCUGUUAUUUAUCAUUCAGUUUCUAUCCAAACGAUAUAGAAUUUGUGAGAGUGGGAGAAAGUGUAGGAAGUAGAGUUUCCCAGGGCUGGCAUGUUGAAAGAGUCAAUACAACUUCCAUCUUAUUGUAAGCAUGAGAAGCAUAAAGCAGGAUUUCUGUAAUAGGAAGGGUGGGAGAAAAUGCGUUGGAAGGAAGCUUAAGAGGGGGAAAAGGGCUACAACUGCACUUGUCAGAGAGCAAUAAAUGGGAGUAGUUACAGUGUCUACGCUGUGAUUAAGUUUCCAUGUUAACUGUGUUGUAAUGAGUGUCUUGGGAAGCAGUCAACACUGCAUUCAUUUGAAUUUCUGGAGCUAGACAAAGGCCUGAAGAAGCAUUAUGAUGUUCCAUUAUUGUCAGUUGUUUACAGUGAUCUCUAGUAGGGAAGGACAGGUCAAAUCUGCUGUGUCCCAAUUAUUUCCCAGUGGUUUAACACAGGUUUCCCCAACCAGACAAUGUACAGAGAUGGCAUUAGAAUCUACAGCGUCUCAAACUAAUCCAACUGGAAGUUGGUGUGGAUGGGGGAGAGUAAUACUUUUAACAGCUGUUCAUUUAUUCUUAUAUAUGAUUUAAUUAAAAAGCAAAUCAGGUUUAUAACAUCUCAAUAGAAAGAGUGUAUCUUGACAGUGCAAUGCUACUCUUUGUCAAUUGAACUAUAGCUUUGUCUUUAUUUUGCCUUCUUGCUUAUUAACUUUUCCCCUUGUUCUUUCACUACAUCAAUCCAUAUUAUCCAUGGCCUUGAAGAUAUUUUUAUUAGGGACUAUUAUGCUAAGUGAAAUGGCUACAGAUAUUGAUACAAAACCUUACGUUGACAAGGCAACGGCGUGUUUUGGUGUCCAUUCAGAAGCUGAACAGUUGCAAUGAAACAUUAGCAAUGUAUGUCUACUGUCCUGCUAUUUCCAGGGAUGAGUGGAAAGGAUUUUGUGCAUUCUUUCAAUUCUUUUUAUACUUGAUGCGUAUAGUCUUAAAUGUGCAUUGUAGUUGUACAGAAGCAACUUAGCUGCAGAAAUUGCUGCUGCAGACUUGCACAUGAAGUUAAAGUGAGCAAAACGAGUCUCAGAGAGAACUGUAUUCACUUAUGAGGGCUAUUAUAUCUGGGGCUAGGCAGGAAACCAAGAUAACAGUGGGAAAGACAAGGGAGCAGAUAUGCAUUGAUCCGUAAGUUUACAUAUCCACAUAGUUCAGGAGGACUUGCUGCUCUGAGGUCUAUCCCCACGUAUGUUUGCAUUAUCCUCAAUUUUAGAAGACUCAUGCCCACAGACUGCAACCUCAAUCAUGCUGCUUGGUUAUUUUAGUUCAAUGUAUUAAUAAGUUCAAUGUAAUAAGUUUAUCCAGAUGCAAUUAUUGGAGAAAAUUAUAUUUCUUCACUUAAAAAGAUAGUACUAGAUAGGUUCGUUUAUAUUUCAUCUUCAAUUGCAGAGGAACUCAAAGCUUAUCGGCAAUAAGCCAGUAGUGUGUAAGUCCAGAUAUGGGCUGAAAAUUAGCAAAAUCCUCUCAUGAGCUGUUCUAGACAUAUUAAUGGAUUUGCUGGAAGAGGAGUUCUGGUUCACUUUUCCCACUGUCCAGAAUAUGAGGAAAUAAACCCUAAGGUGUGACUUACAUGCCCUGGGUUGGAUCUAAACAGAAAAUACUUUAUUCCAUCAGUUGUUCUAAAUUUAUAUUCAGUGCUUUUAUUUACUCAUAUGUAAUAUAGUUAUAAUACCUACCUCACAAGAAUUGUGUGAGACUUCAUUCAUAUUUAUGAAGACUGGCAAGCUUUUUGCAUGAAUGGUGCUAUGUAAACGCUUGUAUGUGUGACCAUUUUGAAGAUGUUGGCUUGUUUGCUCAUGUUCUGAUUGCCCCUUUUUUUCCCUUAUAGACGUCAGGCAUUCUGAGGUGCUGAAUCAUAUUAAUGAAAGCUUUGUGAAAAUACCUUUUUGUAUAUUUACUUGAAUUGUCUUCCUUUCUCUUGAUUCUUUCUGUGUUUGUUCACUUAUGCUUGAUUAGUCUGCUUGUAGCUCUCGACUUUUGUGCAUCCAAGUGAUAGAAUCGAAGGGAAUAUAAUUUCAAGAGGAUGUUCUUAAUGCACUUAAUUGAUGUAGUCCUAAUGUUUCCCGGAUGCCUACAUUAGUUUUAAGAGUUGAAUGAUUUAUCUCCUUGGAAUUGCUGGUGUUAUCCAUAAUUGAAUUUUAGCAAUGGCUAACUAAUAAAUAUGUGAUCUUUCAAAUAAAUAGAUUUCUAAAACUGCAUGUUUUAAUUGCAUUGAAAAUCAGUGCUUAAAUUAUAGAGGGAGAGGACAAGGGUCUGCAUGAAAUCUAAAACCCCAGCUUUUGACUUCACCCAUUUUAUGGAAUCAGGGGUUUUCUUUGCAGCUCUUCCCAAAACAGCAGAUAAAAUACAGUCCUCACUUCCCCCACUGUAAUUUGAGCACUGCUGGUGGCUCCAGGGAGAGGGUGAAAAAAAAACCUUAAAACGCCCAGCUAUCACAUUUGCUAAUAAGUUAGCGAGGCUGAUCUGCAUCAACUAAAAGCACAUAUACAAUAGCUGUCACUUAUGUAGCUCUGUAGCUUGGUGAAACGAGUGGCCAUUUUUCCAGCAGUGAAGCAAAUUGCAAUUUGAAUGGCUUUGAUUGUCCUAUUUCCCUUUCCAAAUAAACUUCUUGUCUUGGUUACAGCCAAGGACUGGGGGAAAAAACGAUUUUGCUAUAGUUAUGAUGGUAGUAGUGAUGGUUAGUAUAAUGUUAUUUGUUCCAGGAAGAAUUAACCUCAAUCUGGUAUUACCCAGGCACUAUAGAAGAAGGUUUGCCAGCUUUUGUAUCCAUCGGCUUCUGUGCCUUUAUUAGUUUCACCUAGGCCUUGUAGUUCAAUUGGUACCCUUUGUCCUGGUGUAUAUCUGUGGUGAUGAAAGAGAGCUGCAAAAAUUGAAUUCUUCCCUGCUGUUAAUAACUGAAACCACACUGAGAUUUGCCAGGAAAACAUGGAGGAUAAAUAGGCAAUUUCUCUGUGGUUGUGGAAAAUCAGCACUUGUGGGAUUUUUAUUUUUAUUUUUUAUUUUGUGAUGCGCAGCCAUCAGAAUGAAGCCUUUGUUUCACUGCACUCCUGUUUCCUCUACAUCUGCACAUUUGUCACUGAAAUGAUUAAAGUUUCACACUAAGCCUUAUGUCAGGGAAAAAACAUCUUUCAGAAGUGCACAAAAGCUAGAAGUAUCUCAGUUAUUGAGCAGCUUGCAGCAAAAGAAAUGGUUUAUCAGGAAGAUGCCCUUUCUGUGCCAUUUAAGGGCUAUGCAUUCAAAUGCUUUUAAGAUUUGUGGCUUUAAAUAAGAAACGGGCAUUCUGUUACAAAUAUACAAAGGAUUGGUUUAAAAUGUCAGACCCAUUUCAGUGAUUGCGCUGAACCAUGAUUCGAGCGUAUGUAACAUCUUAAGUCCUAGCUCUUUUCCCAAAUAAGAUUCUGCAGAUAGCUAUGUACUUAACGGUGUUAUGUCUGCUCAGGAUUUCCAAAUACAGGUCAACAUUAACUAUGCACAAAACAAAAAAAGUAAAAAAGAAUGUUGAGAAGGAUAUUGGAGCAAGUGGAUUUGACAAGUGAAAGUUAUUAAAAUACCAAAUGCUGAGUGUGUAAAAUACAAUGACAGGGCUUAUGUAAUUGAAUAAUUUAUUGCCAUAUUGUGAGUUAUAUUGAUGAGAACAGUGAAGAAGUUGAACGAUCCAGAAAGCUACUAGAGGCUGGCAAAGUGAAAAGGACUAUUUGCCUUGAGUUUAACCUUGGCAUGUGCAAGCAGUGUGCCACCCUCUUGACAAUCGAAAAUUUCAGACUUGUGUGAUAAACUGUAGCCUGGCAGCCACAAAAAAAUCAUAGUCUGCAUAUUUUGAUGUCAGUAGAUUACUGUAUUGUAGCUGUGUGGUAUAUGCUGAACCAUUAAUGGUGUAUACCUUUAUGUUAGAGUUUGCUAAUGUAAUACAUUUCAAUAAAAAGCUGUUUAAAGAC